CAUUGCUGAAGGACGCAGGCAAAAUUGAAUGAAGCUGGUAGACUUUCAAGGUCACCAGAAUCGUGGAUCUGUCUUCUCUGUUUGCUUUCUAAAUUCCUUGCUAUCUUGCUGCUUUAAUCAAGUCCUACAUUCAUUGUUCGUACUUCUGAUCAUUUGCAUAGAAACGAUCAAUGUUAAUUUGUCAUAAUGGAGUCCGAAUUUAAAAAUCCUUGGGAGGAUAUCCUUUGUGAAUUUUCAGCUGAUACUUUCAGUAGGCCAUUCUUUGAUCGAUUUUAGCACCCUUAGGUGAGCCCCCAGAUGUAUUCAAUAGUAUCAAGCUCAACGGUAGCCUCACCAGAUUUUUAUGCAACAAAUUUCAGAUUUUCCAUUCCUAAAGAGCAAUUUUUCUUUCGUUGACUACCUAGUGAGAUGUAACUUAUGCCAAAUAAUACUGCUCCCAGAAACAGUGCAUUCGCACUAUGAAAGUCGGCACCUAAACUCGUCUCGUCAUCAUGAUGUCAGUUGCCUUCCUUAUCAAGCUUUCUCUCACUACGAUGCACUAGAUGCUGCUUCCAAAAAAGAUCGGGGUGCAAGUUCCAAGCGCCAAAAAGGCUCGUUCAAACGUGUGAAGCGGGGCUCUCUCACUGUUGAUCGCGAAUCUACACCUGUUGGAACAGUAUCAGAAACUGAUUCAUUGUCCAGUUUCACUGAUGAUAGAGUGAAGCGCCUUUCUCGAAACCCGAGCGAGGAUGAAAGCGAAAAGUUACGCGAGCCUGUUUUACUUAAACUGGCGAGAUCGGAAUGUUGUACGACGAAGUUUGAUGGAUGCAAAAUUGCGGCACCUAAGACGGAAGAGGGAAACAAUUUCCCUCCCUCCGAUAGAUCACUGUGGUCCCUGGUUUAUAGGGAGGGACAUACAACAUCGGAAACAGAUUGCGAGGUUGCCCCUUCGGUUCAAUCCUCGCUUUUGGAACAGUCGGUCAAUGGUGAUCCCUCUGUCACCGAACCAAGGUCCUCAGUUCUUGCGAAUGCGGUGCCACCAGAUUUAACGUCGUCCACAGUUUCCUCUUAUCUGCCCACCCAUUUGCCGUUUCACUUGUCUAGUCCGGAUUCAAAUGUGUCAGAUGAUGUAGUUUUCCUUGGGUCUACGACGCAACUACCUGGUGAUCAGGCCACUCGCUCGAUUUCUAGAUCUUCUGUGCAACCUAGCUCCAGCAGUAGAUUCGAAACUCCUGUUAACUGUGGUUCUCGUUCAACUCCAAACGCUAACUCGUAUAACUCCCUAAAGAAUCGCAUCCUCCAUAGGCGCGCUGGCGAUAACGAAAAUGAGCACAUGCAAUCGUCGGGGAGUCGCAUUGUUCCACCCUGCUCGCAAGCAAACUUUACUGACUCAGCUUCUAUAUCCGGAUGCCCCUCUGCGCAUGACAAUGAAGAGAAGGGUGUCGAAAUUGAUCUUCACGCUGAUCCUGUUUGUCAUAUUCGGACUGGCAAGAAAGUUGCUACAUGCUUCUCUGGGGAGAGUAAUCUUGAGGUCGAAAUACAAAAACCUGGAUCAGCAAAUGUGAGCUCUCAGAAUGGCUAUCAUUCAUGGUUAAACAAUGCACGUAACUUGCAGGCCAAUUUUGUCAACAAGCUAGUUGCUGGUAACUCAGACGUUUUAGCCAGACAAAGAUGCACAACUUCACAAAUCCUUAGUCGGCGCAGAAUAGGUCCGUCGGAUGUGCGUUUGGCCCAUGAGUUCACCCCUCCUCCCGCAAGUUCCUCACGUUGGUGUGAUUCUACUCUAUUUCGUAAAUCUACUAUUCCUCCAGUCAGCGUUUCCCCUGUCGAACGUUCCAAAAAUGCUGUUUGUCUUCCAAACGGGUCUACAAAUAGGACUCUCGAUAUCGUUUAUCCACGAAGACGUUCCACAGGAUUUGAGGAAAGUCCAAUCGAGCUGGAUCCCUCUCUCCAAUGUCGUGGCUGCUUGCAUCCAAAUAAUUUCAAGCACCCACAUUCAUUUCUUUGUGCAGUAAGUGUAUGUUUCGUUAACAUGUGUUUACCACAGCUCUUUUAA